AUGGCGAAGCGAUACCAGCCGCUCCUCCCCAGCCCUAGGUCCUCAUCAGGCACAGAGCAGACCGGAACGAGCUCGAGCUCGAGCUCGCAGCAAUUGAAACGACGUCGCAGCGGUGUGGCGGUAGCUUGCAAUGCCUGCCGCCGAAAGAAAAUACGAUGUGAUGGCAUGCGUCCAACAUGUUUGGCGUGCCGGGGGGUUGCAGCGCGAUGCACAUACCGCGACGACUAUCUGAUGACUCCAGAAUCGCAAAGGCUUCUCGUUGAAGUGAUGCGUCUUCUCAAUGCGCUCCCGGAAAAAGAGACGUUAGGUAUAUUGCAUUCGCUAAGGAGUGAGACUGACGCGGCCGUGAUUUAUUCUACGCUGAGGGAUGGAGUGCCGACAACUCAGCGACCAUCUGAGCUUCGUAAUGCCGUUGCGAUUAUGGAUAAUUCAUUUCAAACUCUCGAGCUUGAAUCUCAGAACCCAAAUGCAUAUCCUUUCCUACCUCCCAUUAUCCCCCAGACAUUAUCGAGAGAUGCAUAUCAUCAGCUUACCACCCUGAGCAAGCAGUCUGCUGCCUCAGCCUCUCCUCAGCCUUUGUUUUGGGAUACUGAUCCCACGGCAUCGCCAAUAUCACUUUGCGACUCUCGAUUGUUUCAAAUUAACAUCAGUCAUUGGACCAAUGUUCCGAUAUCAAAUGAGGCGGCUGCCCGCGCCAUAUCCCUGUACUUGGAGACGGAUCAUCCUCUGCUGGGAUACUUCGACCCCAACCUCUUUGUAUCGGACUUCGUAAAUCUUAAACAUGAUUACUGUUCCCCAAUGCUGAUCAACGCGCUGCUCUAUUGGGCUUGUGUAAAUACUUGCCUUUUACUUUCUGCGGUAGAUCCAAGUAUCGAUGUACACGCAAUUGCAUUCUGUACGGAGGCUGAGAGUAUAUGGAAGACCGAGAGAGAACACGAUGCGAUCCCCAACCUGGCUGCAGCUCUAUUCUUGAGCUUGGGUUACCUGGGCCAAGGAAGAGAUCAUGCUGUAUUGUCAUAUAUAUCACAGGCUACCAGGAUGGCCGUGCGACUAGGUCUCUUUGGCGUAGAAGACGAUAGCGAGGCAAAACUCAAAGUUGACGAAAUGACUGCAGAAGCGGCCAGCGCCUAUUUACACGCCGCUUGGGGUUCAUUCAACUGGAUCAGUCUUAUGUCGCUCUUCUAUCAUCAGCCAGGGUUAGAGGGGCCUCGAUGUCCCCCACACUUGCCCAUACCCGGAUUUGGACACGACAACGGUGCCGAUGGAGCAGAGGGUCCUGGAUCUCCUAGCCUACAGCCUCAGUUCCAGUAUAUGGGAGGCGUAUUUCCUUAUCUAUGCAAAUUUUGGAGCAUCAUGUACGAGGUGAGCCUGACCUAUGACAACACCCAAUCGCCGCUGAACGGGCUUGGGACUCUGCACUUCGCGGAAUAUAAGUUCCGCGAAUUACUUGUUUGGAGCAAUACUCUCCCAUCAUACCUCUCGAGAGUUAACCGAAAUCCGCAUUAUGUCCAAGUUUUACACAUUUGGUUCCAUACUGCUGUUCUUUGUCUCUUCAAACCAUGUAUCCAACAACUCGGAAUGAGCCGUCUUCGAACCCUUCCAAAGAGUAUCAGUUCCCCGGAACUCGUGUAUGCUGCGUCUAUUUCUCAGUUAAAGCAACUUGUCGUGAACUAUAGACUUCAUUUCGCAUCGUCUACAUAUACCAUUUUGUGGCAUACAGCCCUGAUAUAUCUCGCCAACGAAAUUCUCAACACACCAAAAGAUGAGGACUCGUUCUUUUAUUUUUUGCUUUGUGUCUAUGGCUAUGAACGACUGCGCCGGUCUUGGCGCGUGACGGCGUCCGUUUCAAGAGCACUUUUGUCAAUGGCGUUACGCAAAGGGGGCAUCACAAGUGGUACGGCUCGUCGAAUCUUGAAAGAUCUGCAGAGUGACCGCUUUCGCAAGAAGUUCGGUGAAAUCAGAGCAACAUUCAUGGCAGAUUUGGACCUGGCCGCGUCGGAUCCAGGUUCGGCAACGGUUGAGAAGCAGGCAGAGGAUUUUGAGCACAAUGCUAUGCUGAGAGAUUACACGAAUAUCCUGGAUGAAGAUUAA